GCCCCGAGCUCUGCAGCUCCGCCAUCACACCGCCAUUUCCGGAAGUAGCGCGGCGCCGGGGGUGGGGCCUGUGAGGCACUUCCGCUUCCGCCCCGCCAUCUUUGCGCCCUUGGUGGACAAGGGAGUCUGUCCUCUACAGCGAGGAUGUCGAGCCGAAGAGUUGCCAUGAAAGCUGUUGACUGGUUGGCAUUUGGCGAGCGGGUUCCACCCAACCAGAGAGCCAUGUUCAAUGCCCUAAAGACUCGAACUGAUGCCCUGACUAGCAGGUUAACGUCACUUCCAGAGAAACCUCCGGCUUUUGACUGGAACUAUUAUAGGAAAAUUAUCGUAAAACCUGGAAUGGUGGAUGAGUUUGAGAAGAAGUACAAUGCUUUAAAGAUUCCGGAACCCAUCAACACACAGACUGAGAAAAUUAAUGCUCAGGAGCAAGAGGCUAAUAAGAGUGCUGAAGAAUACUGUCAGGCUUCAAAGGAGCGGAUUUCCAAAUAUGAAAAGGAGCUUGCAAGCUUCAAAAGUAUGGUUCCGUUUGACCAGAUGACCAUUGAUGAUCUGAACCAAGCCUUCCCUGAAACCAAGCUGGACAUGGAGAAGUAUCCCUAUUGGCCUCACAAGCCCAUCAAUGAGCUGUAACAGGCUGUGUGCUGGCUGCAGAUGUAACUCUAUUUUAAAAUAAAGCGUUGUUCAGUGUUGA